AGAGCUCGAUCGAAGAAGAAGGGUAUGCUUUGUAUGUUGAUGUUGUAGACGCUAUGAGUCUCGGCACGGUCGCCAUGAGAUCGUCGUGAUCAGUCAUCUUCGCCAUGAGAAGGUGAUUGUGAUCGGAACUUACGAAGCUAUCUUCUAUUUCAUCUUGUAGUCUCUGUUCUAUCUUGUAUUCUGGUUUGAUUGAAGAGUUAGAGAUAUCAAUACUCUAUCAUUGGUGCGGUGAUACUGGUUCGGAUUCAACGCAAUGAUGAGGAAGUUUGAUGAAUCGGCGGCGAGAUUGAAGAGACGCGAUGGUUCCGUUUCUGGUUUCAUCGGAGGAGAUAAUGGAAGUUACGGAAGUUACGGUGGCGGAGGUUACGGAGAUUCAAGAGGUUCCGAAAGUUACGGAGGAUACGGAUGCAACGCGAAUAUGUAUCGGAGUUCUUCGCUGGCGGCAUCUGUCGCCUCCGAUCAUUCCGUCGUUGUUGAGGAGUCGAGAUCGUCGUUCGAGAAUGACAGUGCUGUAUUGUUGGAGUAUUUGAAUGGUGGACUCCAAAAAUUCCUUGCAUCGAGGAGAUCUGCCAUGAACGAUACUCAGAGUAUGAUAUCAGGGAAGGAGAAAUUGGCCUCACGAGUGAUAGAUGGUGACUUGAGAAAGAACGAAGCUCCAACAUCUACGACACUUUAUCCUCAGGUAUCGCUUCAGAAUCAGGAACAAAACCGGAAGGAUUCUCAAUUAGGUUAUCGAGCUGGUGUGUUGAAUGUUGAAAGUAGUGAUCAUAUUAUCAAAAAUGCUGAGAUGCAUGUGUUUGAGGGCUUGCCUAUGUUUGAUGGAGCUAAUCCAGAAAGUUGGAUUGUGAAAGCUGAUCGGUUCUUUAGCCAUUAUGAAGAUGAUGCAAAACUAGACCUCAUUUUUCUGUACUUGGAAGGAGCUGCUCGUCGAUGGUUCUAUUGGGUGAGGCGCAGAACGAAAUUCAAGGAUUGGAGUGACUUCAAAUGCAGAUUGUUAGCUCGUUUUGCUUCUGUUCCGAGUUGUUCUUUGGUUGACACGGAUUCAGGAGCUGGAUCAGUAGCUAGCAAUUUCGUUGUUCAUGAGCCAUAUUUGGCAAGGAACACAACAUCACCAACAAUGGAAGUAGUCUUUAUGCGCUCUGGUGAUUGUCUUGCUGAUAAAAAGGCAGAAGAAAAGCUUGAUAAUGACUCACUUGAGGAAAGGGAACAAAAGACUGUUGCAGAAAGUGAGAUAUCAAACACUGAUGAUAUGGAGAAGGCAAUAAAAGACUGUUGUCUUGAUGAUGAUCAAGAGACAGAACGUUUUUCUGUAGAGAUGGAGUUGAAAGAUGACUCAACUUCUGACGUUGAAUCUAUUCAUGAGACAGAAGCAGAAAAGGUGCAGGAGUUGCCUUCACUAACUACAGAAGUCAUUAAGAAGAAGAAAUUAAAGUAUCCCAAAGCCUGGAAGUUUAAGUUCAAAGACAGGAACUUUAUGAGAUUCAUGCUUAGGAGAUGGGUUAUACAUGAAACUGGUAGUGAGCUGCCCGAUGGUUAUGCGGUUGCUGUCACAAGGACUGUGAUGGCUGGGACAGUUUUCUACGAGGUGGAGUUAGAUGCAGUUUUGGAGGGAUCAAUUGGCGUAAAACUUCAAAGAGAGGAUGAUGUUUGUUCUGAUCCUACUCGUUUGUUGAGCAUAUCACCAAAGAGAAAAAGCAACAAGGAUGGGUGGUUUAAAUUCAAAUACAAAAAAAUCAAUAUGCUACAGCAAGAUCGAGGGAAGUUUAUGCAGUCUCGGUCUAAACUUCGUUGGCUUUGGUGGAGAUACAGAGAAUAUCCGAACAUGGAGGCAUGGUCACAGAGUUUGAGAACAUGGGCUGCAAGAGAGGAUGUUUCCAAGUUGGAUUUUGCGAAAAAGUUGGAGUUUGAGGACUUGUAUCUAUCCUGGCUGUGGUACAAAUGUUUGAUGAGGCAUGAUUCACGAAGCUGGAUGUCCUUUACUCAUCUUUUGAAUUUCCAAGUGAAGCACAAAUGGAGAUUUAAACGGAGAGGGCAGACACGCUCAGACCAAAUGCAUCUCUUCAGGUUACUGGCCUUGAGAGAAGUGAUAUGGCAGUGGUUUGAUCACGUUGGAUAUUCUUCUUGUCACUUUGGAGUUUUUGAACAUGGUUUCCGAAUCACAGUUUCAGCCAAUGGAAAGGAGUUGCAGCCACACAUCAUUUUACUCAGUCCAAGCUUGUGGGCAAGCUUGUUUUCAAGGGCGGGAGUAUAUGAGAGCAUACUUAUUUGCUUACGGAUAGUGGCUGAGUUGAUUUGGAGAUAUGAUGGAGAAGAAAAGAAAGAAUCCGAGCUGUUGAUACAAGAGAUGUUCAGAGUUUCAACAUUUAAGAAUCGUUUGGUACCUCAAGACAACGACUUGUUAUUGAUGCAGCAUGAGGGUAAUCUACUACGAGUACAAGGACAACGAAGUCCUAAGAAGAAAAAGUCUUUCAAGACAUAUAUGUUUAAGUACAAACCAAGGCUCAGUAAAGUAGGUGCUUGGCCAGAAGUACAGCAGUUUAAUGUACAAAGAGCUUACAUAUAUGUUACAAGACAAGAAGUGGGCAUUGCACAAAGUCGUGACAAUGGAAGAUUGUGGAGUGGCUGGUAUGUUCGUAGUGUCAAGGUGAUGCAACAAAGGCAGAGAAGUAAAAUGGCCAAGUCUUGGAUGUUCAAGUAUAAAAAGAAUGUUCAUAUACUCAGCUUGGCCAAUGUUGCUGUAUCGGGGUUUCAGCAGGGGAGAAGAGACCAACAUGAUCAUCAUUCAUGUGUUCGAUGGGUUCUUGCCAUACAAGCUUGUGGGCAAGCUUGUUUUCAAGGGGAAAGUAUUGAUAGAUCCUUAUUGCUGACGUGGACAAGAAUUAAAGAGGAGAGACUCUGGUAGGUUUGGAGGCUUUGCAGUUGGAAUAGCUGAAGCAAAUAGCAGAAUAAAUACAGAGCUUGAUCGAAGAAGAAGGGUAUGCUUUGUAUGUUGAUGUUGUAGACGCUAUGAGUCUCGGCACGGUCGCCAUGAGAUCAUCGUGAUCAGUCAUCUUCGCCAUGAGAAGGCUGUUUACGAGCACCAUCCAAAGCCAAAGCAGCUGAUAGUAGAGAACGACCUCCCUCAGAAACUGCAGAAUCUGAUAGAAGAACGACGUGAUGGACAGCGUUCAGGAGGCCAAGUUCUGGUGAAGCAAAUGGCGACCUCUCUGCUCAAAGCACUUCACAUCAACACAGUCUUGUGAGUGCCAAACAGACAAAUUAUCUAUCCAUUGGUGGGACUUGUUUAUUUACCGAAAGACUUUGUAAUUGUUAUACAUUAGCUCGUGUGGUGGCUCUCUUGGGUUUUGUAGUACCUUGAGAGAUGGCCAAACACUUAAGGAGGGAUACGCUGACUGUACAUCGAAGUGUUCAGUCUCUAUGGUGAUGGAUACGCUGAUGGUCACAAGGAGGGUUACGCUCAAGGUUAUGCUGACGCUUGUGCUGAUGCUUAAUGGAAAACUCGCAUCUACUUGACAUGGCAGAUAAAACCGAGGACCCUUGUAUGCCUAUGGCGUAUGCGUCAUCUUGGGCGAUAUCUCUGUACUAUGCUUUCCAACGUACCUGGAAACCGUUGAGAUGGAUCGUUGGAGAGACUUAUUAGAUGGCUAAUUACAUUGGUGUUAACUUCUUAUCCGAACAGGUCACAAUGAAACUUGUCUUAUUAAGGAUCUGAAACUGAAGUAGAGCUAAUCUCAUUCCACAUCUUGGUACAGCUUGGAAGAGUGACAGAGAAGCAGACAAGAGAACCCGUGAAGAGAAGGGCCAAAGCUUUAGUCUUUGAUCCAUUGAUGUCCUCUUCUUCAGACAACUGUCUUAAGUUUAAACUCUGUGGGCUUCUUGUGGUGUGUAUAUCAUAAGCUCUUUAACGUGGAACCCAAGUCUGAACCAGCAUUUCUUGGAUUCACAUAUACAAGCUGGGAGAUAUGGUACUCCAGAGCCUGUAUGAUUAGUCUCACCGGAGACUUCAUUGUUGAGCUUGUUGAGUUCAAGUUGUUGUGCAAGUCAUAUACUCUUUGUCUAACCUGGUUUCAAACAAACUUCUCUAAUAAGAUGUGUUUUCACCUGUUA